CACCACUACUAUCACCAUCACCAUCAUCAUCAAAACCGCCAUCAACGCAAAAUCACCAAUACUAACACCGUACCAUCAUUGUCGUCCCUAAUUUCUGUGGGACAGUUGAUAGAGUGAUUUUGGUGACAGAAUAUUGUCAACAGGUGGACAGACUUGAGAAUGUACUCCGUGAAGAGGACUGUCUUCUUAUUACUGUGGACUGUCUCCCAAUUGGUCACUGUAUCGGCUUUUGACGGACGAUGCCCAUACCAGUGUCAGAAACAAUAUUCAGUGCGGGAGUCUUACCACGUAAAGUGUGGCUGGUGGGGAUGGAGACGAUGUAAACGUUACAGAGUUGCAUACAAGUACCAGAUGGACACUUGUUAUCGGUGCUGUCGAGGAUGGAAUGGAACCGUAGAAACUGGAUGUGAAGAUAUCAACGAAUGCGAUAGUGGAAACGCCGAAUGUGACCAUAUAUGUCACAACACACCGGGAUCCUACUCAUGUGACUGCAGGAAAGGUUACUAUCUGCAACCGGAUGGUAAACAAUGCAGAGACAUCAACGAGUGUAUAAUAGCCAACGGUGGGUGUGAACAUGUGUGUACAAAUGUACAUGGCAACGUCGUAUGUUCGUGUCGGAAAGGAUACGUUCUUAAUAAAGACAAGAAGACAUGCGCUGACGUCAACGAAUGUGAUGAUGGCAAAGGCGGUUGCCUUCAUAUCUGUAUAAACACAAAAGGGUCCUACAUCUGUGAAUGCCAAUCGGGAUAUUUCUUGGAAACUGACAAGCGGACCUGCAAAGACAUCAACGAAUGCCAACUGGCCCAUGGUGGAUGCCAACAUAUCUGCGAGAACACUGUCGGUAGUUUCAACUGCAAAUGUCGGCCAGGAUAUUCCUUGUUAGAAAACGGUUCCUGUUUAGAUGUGAAUGAGUGCAACGACAACAACGGUAACUGCAGUCAGAUAUGUGAAAAUAUUCCCGGCACCAAGACUUGCCGUUGCUUAUCUGGUUACCAUCUCAUGCCUGAUAUGACGUCAUGUAAAGAUAUAAAUGAAUGCGAGGUAAACAACGGCGGCUGUACCCACAAUUGUGUCAACACUGAUGGAUCGUUUAGUUGUGCCUGUAGGCCUGGCUAUCAACUGCAUGCUGAUGGAUCACAAUGUAAAGAUACGGACGAAUGCCUUCACAACAAUGGCAACUGUAUGCAAACGUGUACCAACAUACCAGGUUCUUACACAUGUACAUGUAGAACUGGCUACGCCUUAACAGAAGAUGGACAUACAUGCGCAGAUAAAGACGAAUGCAGUGAAAGAAAUGGCGGCUGUGAACACAUGUGCACCAACAAAGAUGGUAGCUAUUCUUGCUCUUGUCGUCAAGGUUACGCAACAAUGGCGGAUGGCAAAUCGUGCACAGAUGUUAAUGAAUGUGCCUUUAAGAAUGGAGGAUGCUCUCACAACUGCUUCAAUGUAUUGGGCUCCUAUAAAUGCUCGUGUCGGCCCGGGUUCUAUCUCCAGGAAGACAAGAAAACAUGUUCAGAUACCAACGAGUGUUUAAUCAGCAACGGAGGGUGUGAUCACAUCUGUCAUAACACAAUGGGCGGUGUCGUCUGUUCCUGUCGUGAAGGAUUCUCUUUGACUGACGAUGAGCGUAGCUGUGUGGAUAACAACGAAUGCCAAGAUGAAGAUAUCCCGUGCAGUCACAACUGCAUCAAUACACUGGGUUCUUACAAGUGUUCAUGCAACCACGGCUACGUCCUAAAAGCAGAUAAGUACUCAUGUGAAGAUGAGAAUGAAUGUACAUCAAAUAACGGUAACUGCAGCCAUACAUGUGUGAACAAAGAAGGAUCUUACACAUGUACAUGUUAUGCCGGGUUUGUCCUUAAAUAUGACCAGAGGACAUGUACAGACGAAAACGAAUGUGAAAAGCAUUUAGAUAGAUGUGACCAGUUAUGCAUCAACACAAUUGGUUCUUACGUCUGCGGAUGCGAACUGGGUUAUAUUCUCCUUCCAGAUUCUCGAACGUGCAAAAGGAAGAAUACUUGUGCGUCCGGAAAUGGGGGUUGUGACCACAAUUGCGUGUACGAAAAUGGAACAAGCUACUGUUUGUGUAGAUCGGGCUACGUUUUGCAGAGAGACGGCAAGACUUGUCUAGAUCUGGAUGAGUGCAGACUUAGCAAUGGAAUGUGCAGUGAUAUAUGUAUAAACUUUGAAGGAUCUUACCAUUGCCAGUGUAAGAGAGGUUAUUUCCUUCAGCAUGAUAAGCUCACCUGUCAAGAUGACAACGAAUGUAUGAUUGGCAAUGGCGGAUGCCAACAUUUAUGUGUGAACGAACCAGGGAGCUUUCAUUGUGAAUGUCGUCCAGGUUAUUCCUUGCUAAAUAAUGGUAAAUUAUGCCAAGAUGUCAAUGAAUGCGAGAAAAAUAAAGCUGGAUGCAGCCAACUUUGUCAGAACACCCUGGGAUCGUAUGUUUGUGGUUGUCAGCUGGGAUACAGUCUACAGCCAGAUGGGCACACUUGCAUAGACAAUAAUGAAUGUCAAGUAGAUAAUGGAGGAUGCCAACAUGGCUGUCAGAAUCUCCCGGGUGGAUUUGCCUGUUUCUGUUAUUCUGGGUUCACUGCAAAGCCUGAAGGAAAACUCUGUGAAGAUAUCAACGAAUGCAAGACGUCAAACGGUGGUUGUAGUCAAAUAUGUCAAAAUACUGAAGGAUCUUUCUACUGUUCAUGUAAGCCUGGGUAUCAUCUAUCAUUCGACAGAAAGACAUGUGAAGAUAUAAAUGAGUGUUGGCUGACACAGCAUUGUGACCAAAUAUGUGAAAACACGAAAGGACAUUUCUACUGCAGCUGUAGAAGUGGCUAUAAACUGCUGGACGACGGACGUAGUUGUGCAGAUAUCAACGAAUGUGAACAUCAAAACGGCGGCUGCUCUCAACUGUGUCAUAAUCUUAUUGGAACCCAUUUUUGCAGUUGCCAGAAUGGCUAUCAUCUGCAGACUGACAUGAAAACAUGUGAAGAUGUCAACGAAUGUUUAAUGAAUAAUGGAGGAUGUAGCCAGCUAUGUUACAAUCAACCUGGAUCGUUUGUUUGUUCCUGUGUCCAUGGUUUCCAGUUGAGCAAGGAUAGCGCCUCAUGUGAAGAUGUUGAUGAAUGUAAAGUGAACAACGGUGGCUGUAAUAAGAUGUGUAGGAAUACUUAUGGAUCAUAUUCUUGUAACUGUCCAUCUAAACAUCAAUUAGGCAUCGAUGAAUCGACUUGCUGGCCCUACUGGUGUAUGAUAGACCGUAAUCUAACCGACUGUAUGCCAUGCAACCACGGCGAAUAUCAACCGGAUCCAGGAGCUGACAAUCAAUUCUAUCAAUGUACCAAUGGACUUAUGUAUCUCCUAAUGUGCCCACCAGGAACUAUUUGGGACCAAAGAGUAUGGAAAUGUGGUGACAUUAUGAAGAUUGAGCUUGAGAUGCUGAAUGGGACCGAACCUGUGAACAUGACCCUUGUACCAGUGGAUGACCUCUGCGUUGACAACUUCACUGGAGAAUGUGUCAUAUGUUUACCUGACAAAUACUACGAAUAUACAGGAGACCCACGUAAGUUUUACCAGUGUGUGCACGAUAAUCUAGUUCUGCGAGAAUGUCCAGAUGGAACAAUCUGGAACAAAGAUAUAUCAACUUGUAUCCACGAAGUAUUACCAGCUCCAGCGCAAUUUAGGCCAGUAUCACUGACAGAGAUGUGUUUCUAUCCAAAUAUGACGAAAUGUUAUCAGUGUGAGCCAGGAUUCUACGAGGACGACGACAGUUGCCGACGUUUCUACACAUGUGCCAACGGAGGCCUGGUCUCUAUGUCGUGUCCAGAUGGUACCCGCUGGAACCAGACUCAAACUCGUUGUGACAACGGUGUUAUGUGCUGAAUGAUAAACCAGACUAAUUUACUCUUACGUCCGUCACAGUCGUGUGUUACAACUGAAGAUAUUGCGUCACAGUUUUAAAAGAUACAGAAAGCAACAUAGAAGAGAAACAUUGCAAAGAUAAUAUAUCAUCAGUGACCUUCAUUCAUAAUAUAUUAUACCUCGCCUCUUGAAAUAUUUACAAUAUUCAUGUAUUAAAUAUUGAAAUAAACGUUUCUUAUGCCACACAA